GUGCUAUGACAUAGGGGUUCAGAGGUAAACAAGAUACUCAUGGAAUAUAAUUUUAGUGGAGCAAAAUAAUUCCAGAGAGUGCUGGGAUGAUACAUUUGAGAUGUGACUGAGUGACAAGGAGAGAGAGAGUGUUAAUUUAGAUGGAGAGGUGGUCAGAAGAGUGUGGUCUGUGGAGGUGUCAUAUGAGCCACAAACUGAUGACCUGAAGAAGUCAACCGUGCACUGCUAUGGGGGUUAGUAAUAGAGCAGACUCCUGGUCCAGUACUCCUUUGCUGCCUGCUGCUCUCUAGGCCCUCGGAGAGGCUCCUUUGGUGUCCUGGACCUCCCUGAAGCUCAGUCCCUAAGGUGACAACUGAUCUAGGAAGGUAGCACAUCUGGCUUCCUGCAGGUCCUCCUCCCAGAAGUCCUGUGGCUGAACCGGAUCUGAGUUUCCUGGUUCCUGUCUGGCAGAAGGGGAGCAGAUCUCCUCCCUGCCUCCUCUCCCCAGGCUCUAGCCCUGGCCCCAAAUCUCCAUGGCAACCCCCGGACACAGUUCUGAACCAAAGGAGGAGCAUCUGGAAGGCGGAGCACAAAGAUCAUACUGAAGAGACCAGGGGGCUGGAGGACUUGUCUCCUUCUUCUCCUUGUGUCCCACCAGCCUCCCUGCUGGCCUGACCAGGCCCCAUAUCCCAGUCUCCCCAGAAACCCCAAGCUGAAGAUUCUGUGGGUCUGCCCCAUUGCUGGGCACAGCAGAGCCUGGAUGGAGGCUUGUCUUCUGCAGUUGCCCCAAAGGUUGCUCUUGCUGGGGGCAGCCGCCCUGACUGCAACUGCUUUGGAGACAGCCGACCUGGCGGACCUGUGCGGGCAGACGUGGCAGGGGGACGGGCUGCUGCUGCGCUCGCAUGCCGCCUCGCUCAGGUUCUACUUCGUGGCUCCGGACACGGACUGCUGGCUCUGGAUGCAGGCGGCGGCCCCCGGCGACCGGAUCCGAUUCCAGUUCCGCUUCUUCCUGGUCUACAGCCUGACCCCCGCGCCCCCGGCGCUCAACACCUCCUCCUCGGCCCCGGCCGGCCCGUGCGCCCCCGGCUCCUACCUGCAGUUCUACGAGGGCCCGCCGGGGGCGCCCCGGCCGCUGGGGUCCGCCCUCUGCGGCCUGACCAUCCCGGUCCCCGUGGCAUCCUCCGGCCCCUUCCUAGGCUUGCGCCUUGUCACGAGAGGCCGCCAGCCCCGCGUGGACUUCGUGGGCGAAGGCACCUCUUUCCGUCUGGGACCUUGUGGUGCCUACUUCCGCUGCCGGAAUGGCAGGUGCAUCCCCUCAAGCCUCGUGUGUGACCCCUGGGGCAUGGACAACUGUGGCGACGGCAGUGACCAGGGCUCCUGGUCACCAGCUGACUGCAGAGGUCCCUCUCCGGUGGCCAGCGAGACAGGAAGUACAGACGACCACACCUCCAGCUCUCCGACUCCCUCUCCAGCUCUUGGGUCCGCAGGAUCCCUCCGGAUUGCAGCUGAGAGGAGUCCCCCAGCAGGCAGGGACCCCACGAGACAGGACGCAGCUUUGGAAGGCCCCCAGCUCCGAGGGGUGGCGCUGGCCUUCUCGAUGCUCCUGGCUUCUGCUGGCCUCCUCAUGGGCCUCCUCUGGUGCUGGUGCUCUCCUAGCUGGCUGGCCUGGCAACCUGGCGCCUGUGGCCUCUGUCUCCACUGCAGCACAUCUGCCAUUUGCUACCCAUGUCCCAGCCAGGUCUCCCCAGGGGGCUGCAGCUGAGUGGCCCAGCCUUCCAGGGUCAGGGAGGCCAUCCCUAGAGGGCUUUGGGCACAUAGGAAUGAGACUAGGCUCUGGGGUCAGACAGACUCUUCGGGUUCUAACCUGGCUCUGUGUCUGAUGUUGGACAGGCCUCUUGACCCUCUGAGACUCAGCUGCCCCUCCAGAAAAUAGGAUGAUUCCUGCCUCACAGGGUUGGGGGUCUGGGAGCCUCACUGAUCCAAAAACACCUUGCUUCACCCCCAGAUCUCACCUGCCCCGCUCUGCCCCACCCACAGACUCCACUGAGUGAAGCCCUCAUCAAAGACACGGGAGGCCCCUGGCGGGGAUAGCACCGUUUAUUAAGAAAAAUCAAGACAAAGACCACAGGAGGGUCCCUUCUAGGACACAGAGGCCAGGCGUCCCAACCCCACAGUCUGGGAGCCACUGGCAGGAUGGCACUCGAGCUGGAUCUUCAGGCUCCCGCAGAUGGGGCAGGGUGGUCGGUGGUCAUAUCCCCCUCCUCUCUCUCCCAGUUGUGAGUUCUGCUUUCCCCCACCCAAGGCACUAGCUCUUCCUGGGCACCAGCGGCAUCUGAGGAGUCCCUGGGCCUUCGCUUCCAGAUGAGUGGGGAUGUGGCCUGGGGUGGGCAAGGCCCGGUGGGCGGGGCCCUCUCAGUGCUGGGCUCUGCCUGUAGCAGCUCCUGGUAAGAGUUGGGGUGGGUUUUCCCUUACAGCCCCUGAGGGAGGAGCCCCGGGCUGUGUGCUGGCAGAAGGGGGUGGGAAUGCAGGCCAGGAGGAGGGCGUGGUAGGAAGGGGAGGCUGCCAGAGGAGGUGCCAGGGGCUGGGUGGAGGUGGGUG